GCUCGUGCAUUCUCUGCGUCAACGCCUUCGAACACGAAGUCGUUCGACGGAACACACAUCAUGGGGCCUCCGGUCAGAACGUCUCCUCCAGGCGACAGUUACCUAGACCGCGAACUUCUCGGAUCCGCGGCUGGACCUGAACCGUCAUUCACGCUCUUGGACUCUCCGUCUCUCAUACCUAUCUCCGUGCCUGGGUCCCCUUCAGCAAUCUCGUUUCGGUCUGACUCGCCGAAAUUACACCACGGGCGAGGACAGUCUGAGAGUGCAGAGAAUCAUCUUGAGGCGUCUGUGCCGGGAAGCACUCGCUGGGGCUGUUGGUCCGCUUUGACGAGCCCUCCAAGGUUUCGAAGUGGGACUCUCAUUCUCGGCCCAGAGCCUGAGAUACAAUCUGGUAGCAACGCAUCCCGUCGUUCUCACUCUGUCCCACGAGCCGGCUCCUUCGAUGUCAGACUGAGUUCUCCAGUCGAGGCUAUUGCCCAGAGCACCAGUCGGGUGCCACCCCUGACUAAUACGAGCACGGAAUUCACCUCAACGAGAGUUGAAGGGACGUCUCAAACGGAUCGAGCGAGCGUGCGGUCGGUUGCCUCGAGUGUCCAGACCAUCCAUCUUCGAAAGGACCCGCAUGACAAGCCUCGUAGGCUGUUCGUUUUACCCAAUCGUGGGGUACUGAGCGUCACAAUGCGAGGCUGUUUCGACAUCGUUCCAAAAGCUGACUUUCGACAUCCAGCU